ACAAUUCCUCAGAUUGAUAAAAUUACACCGAAAAGAAAUAAAUUAAUAUAAUGAAUCUCACAAAGGUUACUGUUCUUAUUCUUGUGGGUCUAUCAGACCAUCCACCGACCAUGAAUGGACUUUUUGUGUUCUUCCUUCUCAUCUAUCUGAUGACUCUUAUCACAAACCUUCUUAUUUUUUUCUUGGUCCUCACUGACUACCAUCUGCACAACCCAAUGUAUUUUUUUCUUGCCAACUUGGCAUUUCUGGACAUGUCCUAUUCAUCAGUGACGGCACCAAGGAUGCUCUUUGACUUGGUCACCAAAAGCCAAUCAAUUUCCCUUCCUGCCUGUAUAGCCCAAGUCUUCUUCUUUCUCUACUUUACCAGCUCAGAACUCUUCUUGCUCUCGGCUAUGUCAUAUGACCGAUACAUUGCCAUCUGCCACCCCCUUCAUUACACACAAAUUAUGUCUUGGAGGGUCUGUGCUGGUAUGGCCUCUCUGGUCUGGGUUGCAGGAUGGUCUGUCUCUUUGAUUCAUACUUUAUUUUUGCUCAGGUUGUCCUUCUGUGGCCCAACUACCAUCCACAACUUCUUUUGUGACCUUCCACACUUGUUUCAAAUUACAUGUACUGACCCUUUCAUAAACAUGGUGGUCAUAUUCAUAUUCGGUGCCAGUCUGGGGUUAGGAGCCUUUCUCCUGACCUUUAUUCCCUACGUUCGUAUUUUCAGGACCAUUCUCAGAAUCCGCACCAAGACUGGAAAGAGGAAAGCCUUCUCCACCUGCACAUCACACCUCGCCGUGGUCUUCAUCUUUUACGGCUCCUUAAUUUUUAUUUACUUGGUUCCAUCUUCCAGCAAUAUGUACAAUUCAAACAAGCUGUUUUCAGUCAUGUAUGCCCUCAUUAACCCAUUGCUGAAUCCUCUGAUCUACAGCCUGAGAAAUAAAGAUCUCAUGGAGGCACUUAUGAGGUCUAUAUAUCACAUAAAGUUGAUAAAGGGGUUAAGUUGAAAGCAAUUUUGGUAAAUGUGGCAUUUUUUUCAACAUUAAGCUGAC